CCACCAAUUUUAAAUCCCUACAGCACUCCGCCAUCCAGUGGACAAAACCUAGAACAACACAACUGAAUCCCAUCAUGCUUUGCCGUGCCUGCCGACCGCCGACCCGAGAGCUACCGAUGCUAGGCUAACUGUCGUUAGCUAACAGGGAGCGGACAUGUUGUACCGACCCUUCUUUGAAUAAACAUCGCUGUAAGCGGGGAAUCGGGAAUUAAGGGGAAAGCUCAUAGCGUUGGGCAAUCAUGGAUGCAGUUAACGCCUUUAACCACGAGUUAUUCUCACUGAUGGACUCCAAGCCCCCAAUCUCUCGGGCAAAGAUGAUCUCCAUCACCAAAUCGGCCAUCAAAGCUAUGAAACUCUACAAACAUGUGGUCCAGAUUGUGGAAAAGUUUAUCAAAAAGUGUAAGCCUGAGUACAAGGUAGCAGGCCUGUAUGUGGUGGAUUCUAUUGUUAGGCAGUCCAGACACCAGUUUGGAUCAGACAAGGAUGUGUUUGGCCCAAGGUUCACCAAAAACAUUACAGGAACCUUUGAGAACCUCUGCCUUUGCCCAGUAGAGGACAGGAGUAAGAUUGUGCGGGUGUUGAACCUGUGGCAGAAGAAUGGGGUGUUCAAGAUUGAGGUUAUUCAGCCCCUCCUCGACAUGGCAGCUGGCUCUAGCAGUGCUGCUGCACCCUACACAGGCUCAGAUGAUCCAGGUUCUUCCCCACCUCCAGCCAAAGAGCCAGUUACUGCGGUAACGGCAAACUCCACCACGGCAUCUGCUGCUCAGCUGCAAAACUCUGAUGCCUUUGCUGCUGUGGCACAGCUCUUUCAGUCCACACAGGGUCAACAGCUUCAGCAGAUGCUCCAGAACUUUCAGCAGCAGCCAGUGAAGUCUGACACCAACACUCAGCCUCCUGUCCAUACCAGUCAAACACAGGCCCAAAACAUAACCACUGGCCUGGGCACGGUCACCCCGCAACCGCCUCUGCCCACCCAAACCGCCCAGCAGAAGGCAGCCUUUGACAAGAAAUUGCUGGACCGUUUUGACUAUGAUGAUGAACCAGAAAUUGGAGAAGAAACAAAGAAGGAUGACAUGUCAUCACAGGGCUCCUUUAUGCAGCAGCCUCCAGCCUUCCCACAGCACAUGGAGCACUUUAAACCGUCGAUGAUUAACGUCUUGCAAGGGCUCUCACAACAGGUUCCUCUCCCUCCUAAUGGCCAGCUUCAGGCCUAUGGUUUACCACCAGGACAAAGCUUCCCAGUUAUGAUGCCUCCUGUGGGGCAUGCUUUGCCAGGGCAGGCCCUCCCUGGUUCUACUGGGCCUCCAGGCUUCUCAGGGGUAUACCCACCCCACAAUGCAGCCCAGCAACAACAGGAUUUGUCAAUGGAUAUGGACCGUUCAACUAUGAGGGAUGGCAGACAUGGUCGACGAUCACACUCAGGCUCCAGGUCUCCAAAGCGGAGGAGGUCAAGGUCUAAUUCCCGUACACGACGAUCCAGGCACAGGCGAUCGCGCUCACGCUCCAGAGACCGGCGUCACCACUCCCCGCGCUCUCGCUCGCUGGAGCGCAAGGAGAGAGAGAAGGAGCGAGAGCGACGGCAGAAAGGUCUUCCGCCACCCAAGAGCGAGACACUAAGCAUUUGCAGUACAACUCUCUGGGUGGGCCAGUUGGAUAAGAGAACUCAACAGCAAGACGUUGCCUGUUUACUGGAGGAGUUUGGGCAGAUAGAGUCCAUCAAUAUGAUCCCUCCACGCGGCUGUGCCUAUAUUGUCAUGAUACAUAGGCAAGAUGCCUUCAGAGCUCUACAGAAGCUUAGUAGAGGAUCUCACAAAGUGAACCAGAAAGCAAUCAAGAUUGCUUGGGCUUUGAACAAGGGCAUAAAGCCUGAGUUUAAACAGUACUGGGAUGUGGAGCUGGGUGUCACCUACAUACCUUGGUCUAAAAUCAGAGAGGCUCAGUUGGAGGAGCUCAAAGAAGGAGGAAUACUGGAUGUGGACACCUUAUCACCAGAGUGGAGUGGAGUGAGAAAGACUAUUGGCCUCCUGGAGGAACUCAACCACAACGGCCGUUCGGAGCCACAGCAGCCUGAGGAAACACAAGUAUUACCUGUGGCUGCUGCAGCUGCUCCUCCUGCACAGGUUCCUCCGAUGCAGCAGCCAAUGGUUGGUGUGGGUUCUCUCCAGCCUCCUGUUUUUCAUGGUCCCAUAGGCAUGUCUCUGCCUUCCUUCCCCCCAGGCGUCCCCCCUCCUCCUUUCAUCAGACCUGGCUUCAACCCCAUGCAGAUGCCUCCAGGUUUUCCUCCCCCAGGUACCAUGCCUCUUGGUCCCCCACCUCCCUCCAAAGGUGGAGUUGAAGACCCGCCUCUGGACCCAGCGGGUCUGGGCAACAGGAAAAAUGAUGAGGUCCUGGAGGGUCCCAACAUCUUCAGCAAUCAGAUGGGGCCUAUGGGUAACCAGUUAGGUGGACCUCUGGGUUCUCUCCCAGGUGGUCCUCCAGGAAACAUCCAACCUCCUUCUGGUGGUCUGCUUGGCGCACGGCCUGGUAUAAUCCCACUCCAGCGUCCUCCGGUUCCCCCACCACCACACAUGCAGCGUUUCCCUCCACCCCACGGGCCACGACCCCCUCACCCCAACAUGCCGCCUAUGCCACCACAGAUGAUGCCCAGAGGGCCACCCCCUCAAAUGAUGCAACAUGACCCCCCUCCACCUAAAGGAGGCUUUGGGAUGCUGCCUCCUCAUAAUAUGAGAGCUCCUUUCCCUCCUCCACAUGGGCAUGGCCCUCCUCCUCAAGGUCCUCCUCCUCCUUUUAUCAGACCAGGGGGGCCUCGUGGUCUGGAGGGGCCAGAAGAAAUGGAUGGCAGACCAUUCAGGGGAGACAGGCCUGGAUUCAGGGACAGAGAGCCAGAGAGGGAUAGGGACUGGGAUCGAGAUAGGGAUAGAGAGAGGGACCGAGGUUUUGGAGGUGGAAGGCGUCCAUUUGGUGAUGGAGGGAGGGGUGGAGGUGGUGAUAGAAUGGAUGGGAGGGACCGGCUCGGAGGCUGGCAGGAAGAUGGAGGAGAUCACAGGGGAGGAGGAUGGGAGAGAGACAGAGAUCGAGACAGAGACAGACGGGACUGGAGGGAGAGGCGAAACAGCCUGGAUAGCGACAGGGAGCGAGGGAGGGCUGAUAAUGGGGAGAGGGAGCGAGGGAGGGGAGAGGGAGGAGAAAGAGGACGGGUAGAAGGUGGGAGUCGAGAAAGAGGGAGAGGAGCUGAAGGAAAAGAAGGGGGGGACAGGCCAAGGCGGUCAGAACGGCGAGAGAGGACCACGCGUUGGGAUAGGGAUGAUCGAUUGGCCGAACUGGAAAAUAUGGACAGAUUUCAGACCUCUAAUAGCACAGAGCAACCUCCUGUGACUCCUGUGGUUACUAUGGAAACCAGUAAAGAACCAAGUGUGGAAGCUUCUGAAAAGAAGGCAGAAUCUGAACUUUUAGCUCCGUCCCCAGAGGUAAAAAUAGCUGCAGAAGAACCGAUGACCUCUGAGCCCUCACCUUCAGCUCAAAGUGAGCCCACAGAAACAAAAGAGGAAGCAGCAUCAUAGACUGGCUCACUGCUCCUUCAGCCAGAGACUGCUGUGAACCACUGAAAGAUAAAAGGCAUUUUUCACUAUGAUGGUCAGUCUCAACUCAUGGCAUAUGAAUGCUAGCUCGUCACAGUUUGGUUAGUCAGUUGGUAAUUGACAGUUUCUGGGCAGUAACAUGUCUUGAAAACAAACAUCUCCCACACAUGUUGUUAAACAUAUGUAAAAUGGUUGUUUUCAGAUUUUACGGCUUAUGGUCAAAUUUGACUUUGCAUCUGUUUCUCCAAACACAUGACCACAUGAAAAUCCGUUUGGCGCAAUUUGCUGUUGUUAAAUAUUGGCUGUCAACUGUUUUUCCUGUAAAUUGUAAGAAUGAACGGAGUGCUUGCAUGUUAACUUAGCUCUGUCCAUUUUAGGUUAAUUUGAGCUUAGCUUUUAUGUUUUUACUCAAGUUGGUUUGCAGGCGGAGUAAACAAAUGACUUCUAUGACACAAUUUUUUUUACUUCACUGCCUUAUCUGUGUGAUAGCAGGCACUCCUCAACAAAGUGAAUAUGUUCAUUUUAAAACUUUUUUUUUAAAUCUGCCAAAAUGUCAUGUCAAAACACUGAAUAUCUUUUCAAACAACUAUAUGAUAAUAUAGGCACCAUUUAUUUUUCAUCUCAUCUUGUGUUUCAUGUCAGCUCAUUAUUGCAAGAUCACAGCCAGUAAGGCACAGUUUUGAAAGGACUAUGGGGGCCUUAAAAUCCAAUCAUGUUACUUGUAGGUGUUUGAAUGGAGAAGAAAAAGUACAAAUUGUGGAAGACAUGUUGGGGUAAAUUACACUGAGAAUAAGGUUUGGUACUUUGCUCACACAAAAUGUUGAGCUCUUCUUUUGAUUAUUUGCUUUUGACCCUUUGAACCACACUUUAUUUCAGGCAUAAUAAAUAUGAGUACUGUCUUCAUUCUACCAGACACUUGGUGCACAUUUACUAGCCAAUACCCAAUGUCCUUAAAAUAUCCACUCUCAAUCCAUGAUUUUAAACAUUUCUAUCUACUAGUACUGGGACUCCUAAGAACAUAGGACUGAUUAGAAGCUGAGCUUAUUCUCACAGGGUCUCUGAAUCAAACAUCAAAGUCAUAUUUUACUGAUAACAGGAAUUACACCCAAUUCCUUGUGAAAAAAUGUAACACUCCGUCAUUCAUUAUAUUAUUUAGGGAAUUGAUAUUGCUUCACAUUCUUUGAUCAUAUUGUACUUAUCCAUAUCACAUUAAGUGUUUUACGUGUGCAUAUAAUCAUUUUGUUUGGUUACAAAAAUAUUGGGCAAACCAUUUUAGGCGCUCAAAACCAAGGACUUAAAGUCUAACGGUGGCAUAAUCAAAUUUCUUUUGCUUAACAAGGACCAUGAGGCAUUUCAGAUAAGACAUUUCAACACAAUAUGCAGAAAAAUUAAGAACGAAAGAAAAAGUAUGUCCAGGUGUAUCGUGGUACAUCUCCCCAAGAAUAUUUUGGAAGUAAAGAAAUGUAUUGAUGUUAUAUAAGUGGACUUUGUUUCAGAAGUUUGAUUGGUCUAGAUCGAGAGAUAUUGGUAUGCGAAAAUAAGAAUAAGUACAUCCAUUUGCAAAGAAAUUGACUUGCACACAGAUGAGCUGUUCAAAACUGCUGAAAAGAAACUAAGAAUUUUUUCUCAGGUUAAGUGGAUUUUAAUUAGCCUGAAAUCGCCAGACCAAAUUGCAAAUGCCAGAACAAAUAAAAACAGGUUGCAGAUUUGUUUGGUGCCCAUGCAAGAUUUUUAUCCUGGUUUCUGUUAAAUGUCAGUUUUUUUUAAAACUAACAUGUACAUCAAAGUGAAAGUAAAAUUCUAUUGGAGAUUCUAGUAUAGUAAUUAGUACUUAGUAAUUUUGUUUUCUGCUAUCUAAAUUUCACACCCUUUCCUAAAUGUGUAUGUUAUUAUUAUUCCAUUAAGGAAUAAAGUAGAACCUUUUGUAGAUCCAAAACAAGCUUAUUUUAAUAGUAUUGCAUUCCACAA